AUGACCGAUGACAGCGGCAGCGAAGACUACGUCUCAAUGGAGUAUGAGAUCCCGUUGGCAAUGGAUGGGGUGCCCAAUCUCUUUGCCCCUCAUAGGCUUCUCUUUGAUUUCCUCAAGUUGGACCAAAAAGACGUUGUGCUCGUGAAAAUCUUCCGCAUUUUUGCGGGCUUGUGUGAUCCUAUGACACAGCCGGAAGAUACAGAUACCUUGCCCCUCAGCGUGGACCUUUUGGCUCGUGUGGCCAUUGCAUUAUGCUACGACGUAGUGCUCCAAGGACGCAGAGAGGAGGAUCCUCGGCCUUGGCAGAGCGGCGAACAGGCGGAUCUUGUAGUUGACGUAGAGACGAUCCGAUUCACGCUUUCGACGAAGUUCUAUCUCAUUGUGCUAGCCAUUGGGAAGGCUAUCCGUGCUGAUGAUGAGUUACGAGUGCAGUACCUCCAAAAUGACUUGAAGGACUGGAGAAACACACGGUCGUUCUGGUUGCCGGAUCUGGACCAUGACCAGUUGGAUCUGCUACUAAAAUUGGCUUACUAUGUAUAUGCUGUAGCUAUCAUGGGGCUAUAUAGGCUCUUUCUACCUGCUGAUGAGGCCAACUUCAAUGCGGCCCUAAAUCCAUACCUGGAGACAUUCAUCCGCCUAUGGAAAAUACACACCGAUAUUGUGGGUCUUUGCAUCCAGAUGGACCGUGACCUAGAGGAAGAAGCAUGGACCAACAAUAAUGAUAGCAUCGAUACCCCGGACCUUGUGAAACGGGUGCUCUGGGGCUCGUCUGCUGCUCGUUCUGUCCUCUCAUGGAUUCUCGAGCGACAGCCUCCUCCGAUGCCUCCUCUCAGUGAGGCAGGCGAUCACGAUAUCCGCUCAAAGACACUUCUCACCUUCUUCGAUCCGCUGGCACGAGUCGCAGGAGGAUGCGUCUCGUCCGAUCAGUAUAUCCUUAUGGUAGCUCUUCUCCUCCUUCGAUGCCGGAGCAAGUUCUCGCCGUGUCAAGACGAGGCAAACUAUUCGGAGAACAUCCCAUUUCCAAGCUACAAUUCCAAAAGACUUCUUCGGAGAAUUGAAAGAAGACUAAAUCCCCUCCAGGCCACGGGUGACUUGGUGGUGGAUAUUUAUUACAGAGACCAAUUGGAUGAAGACAUUAAAUACAUUUUCGGCUACUACGAAUCCGACGACGAUAAUGAGUCUGCAAGAAGCUCUGGAGCCGAUUCUCUUGCCAGACGCGGUAUAGCCAUACGGGCCACGGGUGAUGAGCAGGAGUUCGAUGAGGAAGGACGGGAUUGGAGAGAUUGUCCACGAGGAGAGAACGUUGAAUUCACCCCUGAGUUUUUGAAACUCGAACUGCAAAUGUUAAAGCUAACAAAUCAUGGAGAGUCGGAUUAUUUCUUUGCUUCCUGGUUUGAAUUGAGUCAGGCACUCGAAUUUCUUGCAUUUACCCUGAUUGAAUCUGUCGACUCGUUUAUGAUCCGUGUUGGUCAGGUUGCCAUUGACUCCAUCGCGAGGGCUGUCAAGGAUGAAAAUACGCACACAGAAAGUAAGAUUGUCAUUAAGGAGAUCUAUCGCUAUCUUGUGACCACAGCUAAAUUGGAACUUUUGGUUCGGGCAAACGAGGACUUUACUGUUUUGCCCAAGCAUCCUGUGAGUAACUUUGAGAUGAUUCUCUUCAGAAACCCACAUUGUGCGCUUGCUAUUCUUGAUGAGCUCUUCAUGUGCAAUGGAUUGAGGCGGUCUCUAAUCUGGUUUUUGACAAAUCACGUAAAUCCUCUGAUGACACUCAUCAGCUACAUGUAUGAAUUUGUUGCCGGUCUUCGCGGCAAUAACCCCAAGCGAGACAUGAAGUAUUCCUUUUCGCGUAAAGGUGCAUUGGUGGUCUCAAAGAUGGAGCAACUGAUGAUGUUGCAUGAACUCUUUUCCGCAGCUGACAAAUGGCUCUCGGAAGAGGACCAGAACACUCGGAUCGGCGAUCUGAUGUGCGCGCGCAUUGUCUCAUACCUCUGCUUGAUGAUCAAAAGAUUACUAGAAGAUGGAAUAAUCCGGUCUGAUCAAACAGAUGUCUAUGAGGAUUACUCUCAUGAGAUCCAGCUGCUUUUAUUCAACUGGAUAGGUAAGGUGCCAGAGGCCAGAGAAAUAUUCUUCAAGAUUAAACUGGAAAAGUAUGGAGUAUCUCAUGAAGCUGCCCCAGAAGAGAAAACAGGUUCAGCUGAUUCAGGAGAGUCUCAGGAUACACCAGCUGCCACAACUAAGGAUGACUCAAAUGAUACAGAGACUCCAAACGGUAAAGAAUUGGUCAAGCAGCUUUUAGGCUUCAUUGAUGAGUUUAAGAGUCUUGACGAGAACACGUACGUGGGUCGCGAGCCCGAGGCACGGGCCGUCUUUGCUGGCUUUGCUGACAUUCUUGCCGAUAUCAUCCAACGAGUUUACGAGAAAAAGGAGCGGCUCAUUUACGAUGCCAAGAUCUCUGACGCGACUAGAGUGUCUGAAUUCGAAGCCGUCCUGGUUUUCUUGCAGAAUUUCAAUGAGAUUUCCAAGAACCUGAACUUCUGGGACCAGAUCGAGACAAGGCUUGACGGAUGGAUCGUCGAUACUCGAGAGGAUCUUGAAGAAAUCACCGAAUUCGACGAAUCGCUUAUUCCUACGGAGGCGGAAGUUGGCGAACCUCAAGGAAAUCCAGCCACAGAAACUGUCGAUUCAGAGUUCAGCGAGGCCUUCCUCAAUGGCGAGGGUUCAUUUCAAAAAGAGACCAAGAGCAACAAGAGCAACAAGAAGAAAAAAAAGAAGCGUGGGAAAAAAUGA